ACCACUUUCUUCAUCACUCUGUCCUGCUCCAUCGCACCCGCUCUAUUACUCUUGGAUCUUGUUGUUCUUCUUCUAUAAGCCGUUUCAUCUCAACAAAGGCAUCUUGUUUUCUUAAUCAAGAUCCCCUCAUUCAUCGGAUCUAAAAGGAAACUAACCUUUGCUAAAUCAAUCUGAAAGAGAAGAAGAUGCUAAGUGGAAACAAUGGAAACACCGUACCACCGGUUUUCAUGAACGAGAACCAGUUGCAAUACCAGACUAACACACAAUCCAAUCAGCUUCACCUGCUAGGAACCAUGGGAGGAGGUGGAUGCACUACUGUUGAUCCUGUAAACUAUUUUGCUAACGAUAAUCUGGUUCCGAUGAUCCGGCCUAACAAAAGAGGGAGGGAAGCUGAAAGCAUUAAUAAUCACAACAUCCAAAGGCAACAGCAGCUUCAGAUGUCUUUGAACUAUAAUCAUAGUGUUCAAGAAGAAGCCCCCAAGGAGAAUCUAGUCUCCACUGGUCUUAGACUUGCUUAUGAUGACGAGGAACGCAACUCUACAGUGACUUCUGCUAGUGGCAGCAUUGUAGCUGCUUCUCCAUUCUCUCAGUCACUUGAUGAUAGUCUUCGGAUCCACCUCCAUAGACAAAAAGAUGAGCUUGACCAGUUUUUGAAAAUCCAGGCAGCUCAAAUGUCGAAAGGAGUGAGAGAAAUUAAGCAGAGACAGAUUGCGUCUUUUCUAAACACAAUAGAGCAAGGAGUGAGCAAGAAGCUUCAAGAGAAAGAUCAAGAGAUUGAAAUCAUGAACAAGAAGAAUAGAGAGCUCGUGGACAGGAUAAAGCAAGUGACAACAGAAGCUCAGAACUGGCAUCACAGAGCAAAGUAUAAUGAGUCUGUGGUUAAUGCCUUAAAGAAUAAUCUGCAACAAGUAAUGUCACACAACAACAACAAGAACGUGAUUGCUGGUGCAGAUCAAUUUAAAGAAGGGUUUGGAGAUAGUGAGAUAGAUGAUGCAGCUUCAUCAUACAUUGACCCAAACAAGAACAAGAACAAGAUGGGGAACCAGAGGAUGAGAUGCAAAAUGUGCAAUGCGAAGGAAGUAUCAGUGUUGCUUGUGCCGUGUAGGCACUUGAGUUUGUGUAAAGAAUGUGAUGUGUUCACUGGUGUUUGCCCUGUUUGCAGGUCUUUGAAAACUUCUAGCGUUCAGGUCUUCUUUUCCUGAGUUUUGUGACAAAAAAAAAAGAAAUGGAACAAAAGAAAAAGUCCAUUACAUAAAUCUUUCAACUUUUAAAAGCUACUGUUGAUAUUUUUAUAUAUGAA